AUUUCGGUGGCAAACUUAACGUAGUAUGGCCGUCGUCGGGAGGUAUUCACAGUUUUACUUCCAUAAAGAAUACGCGAUAAACAUUGCUCAGUGCAAUUUACGAAAGACAUUUUUAAAUAAAUUCUUUACGAGAGUGAGAUAAACAAUAAUCAAUAACCAAAAGUGUUAAAGUUAAAAGUAUCGGCACGUUUUAUAAUUACGACCUCUUUAACUAUUUUACGGUUUUCACCUAAAUAAUCAAAAUGUGGUUGAUAAGUCAGCCCAAUUCUGUGAUCCUUGAAGUGAAGGCUGAUCCUAACUCUAUUGGACAGGAGUGUCUUGAGAAGGUGUGCGAGAAAUUGGAGAUCGGCGCGGAAUCCGACUAUUUCGGGCUCCGUGUAAACUCAGGAUCAGGACCGGGGAGAUGGCUAAACUUAAGGAACCCGUUAGACCCUCACCGCAUCCCCGGAGGCCGGCUGGAUUUGCGUGUCAAGUUCUGGGUGCCCCCUCAUCUUCUGAUUAACGAACCGACCCGCCAUCAGUUCUAUCUUCACGCCAAACUCGAUUUGACUGAAGGUAGACUGGUCGUUGCUGACUGGGAAGUAGCGAGACGGAUAAUAGCUUACAUAGCUCAAGCUGAGACGGGAGACUGCGACCCAGAUGUCCCACCCAUGCAUAUUUACGAGGAAUGUGACAAAAUUGGACCACAGGGGGAGAAGCCCGAAGAUCAUAUAGAAAAGAUCAUUGAUUAUCACUGCGAAAUAGCUGGUAUGAGGGAGUCACAAGCCGAAUACAGGGUGCUGAAAGAGAUUUCCAACCUUGAGUCGUUUGGCGAAGAGUUGUUCUUCUGUAAAUCAGUGAAUGAGACCAACAAUGCUCAUAAUUUGUACAACCAUCUAUUAUACCAUAGACCGCAAGCUGAGGAGCCGAGGGCAAGAGAAUCGGAUCAGGAAAUAGAUGGUGGAGCGACAGUUGGGUGUUUGGCGUCGGGACAAACCGGCAGUGGGUGUGGGUGCAGGCUGAGCACGUGCGUUGGAGUCGGACCCCAUGGCAUCGUCGUGUACCGGCCGGCUUGCAAUGGAGAACAGGAAAUUGGUGUCGAAAAACAAAGCAUUCCAUACACGGCGAUCCACCGCGCUCAACCGCUUCGCCGCUUCUUCCAGCUGUCAUACGUGACCGCUGACGGGCACGAGGCGCCGCUCCACGUCAAGAUGGCGAAGGCCGGCCAGGCGGCAGCUUUGUACCGGGCCGUCACUGAGAAACACGCGUUCUACUGCUGCGAAACAGUGCGCAGUGACGUCACGGAACAGUUCAUCAGGGAUCUCAAGGGCACGAUAGCGUCGAUCUUCAACGACUCGUCGACGCUGGGCCGGCGCUACGUGUUCGACAUCCGGCGCACGUGCCGCGAGGUGCACGACCGCGCGCGCCGCGCCGCGCACGCGCUCGCGCACGCGCACGCGCACGCGCACGCGCACGAGCCGCGCCCGCGCCGCCGCUCCAGCGCCGGGAACGAGCACAAGGAGUUCCGAUCACGAUCUCGUAGCGGCGGCGGCGAGACGCUCGCGUGCCGUGUGUGCAUGGACAACGCGAUGGACACGGUGUUCCUGCCGUGCCGACACGUCGUCUGCUGUGGUGAAUGCGCGCCCAGGUGCAAUCGGUGCCCUCUAUGCCGAAGUGAAAUAGAGAACUCGAUGCACAUAUUCCUGCCAGUGGAGUAUCAGAAGAUGAACAACAGUAUCAUGGUCAAAUGAUAUAUACCGUGAACGAUCUGAUGGACAAAGCGACAUGACAUCCGGAUAGGAUAUUUUUCUGGUGAUUUUGAAUUAACGGUUCGACAGGGAGUUACAAUAAGAGGACUGGGCCCAUACCGUGUAGAUGCGAUCGUCUAAUAAGGAUCACAAUUAAUGCGAAUUAGAUUUGAAAUUAUUGCUAUGCAUUGGUAUAUAUGUUAGUUUUCCGGUGGCGUUAAUCUCGACUUUAAUUACAUUCAUUUAGAUCCUUUAUUAGAUUGUAGGAUUUGGUGGAAUCUGGUGGGAAGUGUUGAGUGAACUAUCUACCAUAGACCAUAGAGAGUGAGUGUGAUUGUUUAUGCUAGUCAGAACUUGACUUUCAGUUUAUGUUCAUAAAUGUGCAUUUUUUUUCUUUUAUUUUUUUUUUAAUUAAUAUCUGUAUCGGGAUUGUUAAUCUAUAAACUGCAUUCCAAUUUGCAAUUUGCUGUAUUAUUUAAUUGGUACUUAUUCGUUAGUUUAUUUUUUUAUAGAUAACAAUUAAUUAGGUACCUCGAUUUAAAGCAGUAAUAUUAUAGAGUUGAAUAGUAAAAAAUUAAGUUAAAUUCCCUUCGUUUUAGAAGGAGCGGCACUUAAUGUUUCCACUAAAAAAAAAUUAACCUCUUGUGCCGAUAUGGGAACAGGGAGCGAGAUAUUUGCAUUUUAUAUUCUUGCCUUUGCAAAAAGUUUUUUUUUUCCUUUGUAUUGAUGAUUUCUUUUCAUUUCUUUAUUUUAACAAAUAACGUUUUCACUGUAAUUAAUUAUUUUAAGUUAAACCCGUAAGACCUGUGGUCUGUAAGUAUUUAACAAUAAGAUUAAUAACAAAAAAAAGAGUUGAUCUAUAGAAUAAAAAACGAACUUACAAAGAAA